AUGGAUAAAAACACGCCUCAAACAUCAACAAACCUAGAAAUAAAUGUAUCGGAACCUAUAAUUUUCUUUCGCGGUGGACCACAAGAAGCGGUCGGGUGCAUGUUGAGGGGAGACUCACAAUUGUUCGAGGCUGGCACGCACACGUAUUCAUUCUCAUUAUUCUUACCGGGUACACUUCCAGAGACAAUAGACGUUCCAUUAGGAACUGUAAGCUAUAAAUUAACUGCAACAGUUGGUCGUAGUAGCUCACUAUUACCGAAUCUGAAUGCUAGACGAAAUAUCAUUAUAAUUCGAACUAUGCCGGAUCAUGAAACCACCGGGGGAGGAAUAGCAAUAGCACGUGAUAUAAAGGAUAUGUUUGCAUAUGAGAUAUCGUUACAACAAAAAGCGUAUCCAAUUGGUGGGUGUAUAAAGGAUUUGGACUUUAAAAUAGUACCAUUAUCGGAUCAGUUACGUAUUCAUUUAAUACGAGUUCAAUUAAUAGAAAGAACAUUGUAUCGUGCACGAGGAAAUAAACAUGCAGAAACUCGAGUUGUGUUUUCCGAACGAUUAGAAGAUUUUGGCGAAAAAAGAUUAGUAGAAUUAGGUCCCAGAGAAGAUGAACCUUCGCUAGUAAGACGUGAUAGUAACGGAAGUUCAUCCAAUCAUGGAGAUGAUCAAGGAGGUAGUACUAGUAGUGCCAGUAGUGAUAUUAAUGUCGCAAGUUCUUCCACGUCGACGUCUUCGAACUCAAAAGAUGGCGUAAAUCGAUUUCCAUGGAACAAACCAAAUAGGAAUGCUGGAGCAACAAUUGAAUUAGAGCAAGAACAUUUAGAAAUUAAAGCGAUCACCAAUUCCAAUUUCAAUUUCGGAAACACUUAUUAUCACAAAGUAUUCGAUUUCUGCAUACCAAAGUGUACUGCUCCUCUACAUCCAACUUGUACUUCGGAAACAAUUAAAGUUAUGCAUCUGUUAAAAUUCACAAUUACUAUCACACUCUUGGAUGCACCAUAUCAGCGGCUAGAAGUGAAAAUAGAUGCGCCGAUUACAGUACUUUCUUGUCGAUGUUCAGAAAGUGUGCAUGUGACUUUACCAAGAUAUGAUAACGAUUCAUAUUUGUGUCCUUGUGAUCCGCGGAAUCGAAGUGGUUCAUCAAAACAAUUUUGGGUUAACGGACGAUUGGUAAGAAGUGGUUCACAUCACCAGCGUCACUCGUCAACUAGUUCGUUGAUGAUGCCAUAUCAUCAUAACCAUCCACCUCCUAGCUACGAAGACUCUUUAGUGAACAGUCAUAGCUUGUCACCACAAAGUGUUGACAAUAAUGACUUGAUCGAUAACGGGGCUGGUGUUGGUAACGUCGAUACUAACGACCAUAAUAAUCCAAAUAAUACCAAUAGUGGUGGUAAUGAUAAUAGCGUACCUUCACUGAUUCAUGGACCGGGAAUUAGCAGAAGGGCAAUGAAAUUACCACCUCCACCUAUUUAUACUAUCGUGGACGCGUUAAAUGGCGUUCCGCGUGCAUUUGAACUGGAAACUCAAGGUUAUCCACCCGAUGAAGCAGCUUCCCUCGAAAAACUCCUCUUCCGAAAAAAAGUAGCUCCCGAACUAUUUUGGGGUGCAUAUUUACCGGCCAACCCCGACAACUCUCAACAAAAGAUGAUUGGGUUCGUAGUAGCCACACUAACAACGGCACCCGUACUAACCGAGGCAUCAAUGGACUGGCACCACGAACCCGAUGGACAAACUGUGUGCAUACAUUCAGUGUGCGUUGACAACUCGUUUCGUCGUAGAGGCGUUGCGUCAUCAUUGUUGCAGCGUUUUAUUGAGCAUUGUCGAAAGUUAGGGUACGCGAGGAUAGCGUUGAUAAGUCACGAGUAUUUAUUAAAGCUUUAUCAAAAGAAUGGAUUUGUUUUCAAGGGUGAAAGUAAAAUUCAACAUGGGAGCGAAAAAUGGUUCGAUUUGGUGUUAGAGCUAAAAAGUUAG